GGCGGCGCUGUUGAUAGGGCUUGGUGUGAGCCAAUCAGCGUUGAGGUCACGAGCACGAAGUCAGCAAUUGGGCAGUUUGAAAAGCACCGCCAUUGCACUUUUAACGCACAACGAAGUGCAACUCGUAACUUGUACUCGGGGCUCGCAUCCACAAGGAAGCAUAAACACACCGUGUUGAAAUGGCCGAAGGCUACGUCGGCGACCCUGCGGGCAAAUAUGAAUUCGACGCGCCAUCCCACGUCGUUGAUUUCAAGCAGUUGGCAAAUGAACCGUGUGACGAUACGUGGUUCGAUCGUAAGGCCAUUGAUGUAACACAAGCAACCCCUAAACACAUGGCUGCUGAGGGCCCAAUGAGAAUUGCAGCAACAGGCGUGUCUAAGGUUGCUAGUGCCACGCAGUCUUGUGACAGCGGUGCUGUUCCAAAGAUUAAAGACAGUGAUCGACCACGCAGAGUUUCAACAGUCAAGAGGAAAGUUGGUUUACCUUCUCAUCCAUCCAAAAAGGCUAAAAUGGCCUUCAAAUCUAAAAGUGCUGAGGAUCAAGAGGAGACCAGCAGAAAUGUGAACAAUGAAGAAAAGUAUUGUGUUGGAGAACCCAAAUUGCCUUCAUCUGACAGUCUUCACAAUGAAGAACCCUCCACAUCAACAAAUGUGCCAGCUGAUUGCAGUGUGCCCAGACCUGGGAAGCGUCGAGCAAGUAACAAAAAAGAGGUGAUCAAAGAUCCCUAUGUGCCAGUUGCCGAGCAUAUCAUGCAGCUACAGAAGCGAACCCCCGAACGCUUCCAUCAGUUGAGUCUGCAGGAAAGAGCCAAAGGUCCACCCAAAGCAAAAGCCCAGCGAUUGCGGCUCACUCGUCCUCAAUCCCCGAAGUUUGCAUCAAGACUGAGGAGCCGACCCACCACAGUAAAAAGCAGUGCACAGUUGGAGGCUGAAAAAGAGGAAAUUGAACUUAAAAAGUCAAAUUUCAAGGCCCAAGAGCUGAACAAAAAAAUUCUCGAGAGAGGAGAGACUCUGAAGAAGCCAGUGGUGAAGGAGUCCACUGCACAAGAAGCUUUCACAAUGCACAUUGAAAAGAGACUACAGGAGAGGGAGGCAACUAAACCUCAAGAUGAAGCACGUCCCACUUUCAAAGCGCAAGAACUGCCCAAGAAGAUCCUGGAUGGAGUUGUGGGAGUGCCAGGAAAGAGAGUGAAGCAGCCAACUGUAGCACAUUCGCCAGCCUUCACCCUCCCCAAGAAAGUUCGUAUUGAUGUAACCACUGAAGAAGUGAAACCUCCCUCCUUGAUCAAGCAUACUCCAGUUCCUCAAUUUGGCAUCCCCUUUCAGCCCAUGCUUCAAGAAAAGCGACGCACGGAGGUGUGUCCUUUCUCAUUCGAGCAGAGGGAACAAGAGAAGAGGAAACUUAAGGAAAUCCAGGAACGAAAGGAAAAGGAGGAUGAGGUUCCAGCAUUCAAAGCUCAGCUGCUGCCACACUUUGACAGGGUCAAUCUCCCUGAAAAGAAGAAAGUUGAGCCCACGAAACCUGAGCCCUUCAGACUUCUGGUUGAUGAACGCGGCACAGCCAAGAGUGACCGCCUGGAGCAAUUGAUGAAAGAGGAGCACAAAAAAAUGAAGGAGGUGGCAACAUUCAAAGCCAGGCCCAACAAAGUCACCCAAAAAGAACCUUUUCAGCCGAAAAAAGAAGAGAGGGCUGCAGUGGUUGUGGAGUCUUUUGAGCUGGCGACUGAGCGACGUGCCAGGAUUCGUGAUGUGUUUCAGCAGCAACUUUGCGAGAAGGAGGCCGCCUCAGCACUCAUGGAGGAGCAAUACCGGCGGGAGCAGGAGGAGAAGGAGAAAAUGGACAUCGCCGAACUUCGGCAGCAACAAGUCCACAAGGCACAACCCAUUCGGCACUACAAAACUGUGGAGGUGAAGAAGAGCGAAGUUCCACUCACCAUCCCAAAGUCUCCAAAUCUUUCUGACCGGUUCCGUCUUUAAUCAUGUGCAUAGCCCCCCCCCCCUUAUAUAUUGUUCAUUCUUGAUGCGAUAAAGUUCGUUUUCCUAUCGACGAGAUAAUUUCUCCUUUCAAGUUAAAUUAACAUCUUUAAAUAUUUACUGCAAACAUUUCCUGGUGUUUAAAAUGUCAUUUGUCCCGCAAAUGACACGGCACUCACAUGUUAGCUCAUGUAAAUGUGAACUGAGGUCAAUGUACUGGAUUUGCAUUGUUUUAUGUCGCCUCACUUGGCAAAUGCUUGUUUUAAGUCCCGUUUCACUCUGAAUUUCAUUCUGUCUUACCUUUUUUAAAGUUGAACAGCUCAUCUGUCCUGUUGUUAUAUAAAGGUCUUUGAAAGUAC